UGUUCUCUGUUCUCUCUCUGCUCCUGUUCUCUCUCUGCUUCUGUUCUCUCUGCUACUUUAGCGUCACCUUUAGAGGAAAUACAUUUAUUUCCUUGGGAAUUUGAAUACACAUAUUACAUUAUACACCUUUUUAUUUUUUCCAAUUUGUCUGAUGGAGCUGAGCAGGAGAGAAGUUCCACUUUAUGGCCAGGCAAGAGUCUUUGUGUUAAUUCCAUCACAAGCAGAAUCAGAGGAAAUAUUUGUGGUUUUAGAAGGUUCAAGUUUAACCCAUGUUCUACAGACUAAAGUACACAUACUGACCUACUUCAUCACUCCAGGCCAUAACCAACAGGAGACAGUGUGUGUAAGAGCAUACACACAUGCUAGAGGUGUGCUGCGGUAUGUUGGUGUCUCAUUUCUGAAGUAUGUUGUGGACGAUGCACAGGAGAUGGCUGAGUACUUUGUAAACAAAAGUAACCAGUGCACCCCCAUCGAAUACAGUGAUCUGAUUGGUCGAUAUGGUCUGAGUGACAGCGGUGUGCGAACAGAGAUGGAUAAAAAAGUUGUACUUGCUCUGGCAAACCUGCAGACCAACCACAACCUGCUGAGCCAUACACAUGAGUCUCUGCUGCAUGUGUGUGUACGUUUGGGUUUUGUGCACGUGUGUGAAUUCCUGCUUUCUCAACCUGGAGCUCUGAUGGUGAUUAAUUUAGCUAAUAAGGAAGGAGACACUCCACUUCAGCUGGCACGGCGGACCAAUCAGCACACACUGGUGCACUUACUAACACAUCCUCCAAACCCACUGAUCACACCUCUUGCAGGAGUGUCUCACAUUCACAUCAACUCAUCCCAACUUUUGCGCUUCAUCCAUGCCUUUGGAGUGAUGUCACUAUCGGUGUGUGUGUCAGAAUGUUUGUCCACUCCUCAGUUACACUCAGCCAUCUUACUGCUCAGACAAUGUGCUGGGAAUUCUGCACUCAUACACAAGAUUACAUCAUUAUGUGGACAUAUACAGUGCAGAUCAGGUCAGGAGUCUUUAACUUCAGAGGAUCUUCAAUCAAGAGAAUCUCCACACACUGCUAUCACACACACAGAUAUAAUCAGCUUCUGCAGCGACCCUGAAGAUGAAGAGCUGUUACUGUCUAUCAGCUCAGAUGGCUCAGACAUUGAUGGAGCUGUGUUUAAUCUCAAAUCCACAGACAUGCAAACGGUCCCGCUGAAGUCAACUACACUUUCCAUGUUGCUUUGCUCAUCAAGCCACAGCUCUCCAUCACUGCUCAGCAAUUGCCACAAGAACUUCACCUCACACAGGAGGAGGAGUAACAGUGAAGGCUGUGGUCAUGAGAUGGUUAUGAGGAAAUCGUGGUCUGUGAUUGGUCACUGUGUUAGUAGUUCCUCAACUCCAUGCAAAGUCACAGUUCCUGCACCGCUGGAUUAUUCCGCUGAGUCGUGGAGUGCCGCUGUUGGGUUUGAAUUCUCACACACGACUGACAGAAAAACUGUGAAAAGACAAGAAGUAAUAUAUGAGCUCAUGCAAACAGAGUUUCAUCACGUCCAGACUCUCACGGUGAUGAAUGAUGUUUUGAGGCGGGGCUUACUGGAAGAGGUGCAACUGGAACAGGAUGUGAUUGGUCAGAUUUUCCCAUGUUUGGAUGACCUCAUAACUCUGCAUAGGAACUUCCUGAAAGAGAUGGAGAGCAGACAGCGUUCUUCAACACACCUGAGCAACAGCAAGAACUUUAUCAUCUACCGGAUCGGGGACAUACUGCUACAGCAGUUCUCAGGUCCAUCUGCAGGUCACAUGAUGGCUUUGUAUGGAGAUUUCUGCAGUAAACAAUCUGAAGCACUAAAAAUGUAUAAACAACUUCAACAAAGCAACAGGAAACUGCAGCUGUAUCUAAGACAGCAGAGCACUAAUUCAGUUAUUAAACGCAGAGAAAUUCCAGAGUUCCUGCUGCUUGUUACACAGAGAAUCACAAAAUAUCCCAUCCUUCUGGAGAGACUACUGCAGCACACCAACGUUUGUUCUCAUGUAGGGGCUGGAGUUGAGCAUGAUGAUGUCAUGGCAGCACUGGAGGGGGUGAGGUGUGUGAUAUCAGGUGUUGAGCAGCAUGUGGCAAAAAUCCAGCGAGCACGAGAGCUUGAAGAUAUUAUCAGUCGUGUGGACAACAAGAGCUUCACUCGUUUGAAGAAUGGAGAAAUCUAUAGCAAACACACUCUCUCACACACACCACACACACUCACACACUCUGCUACGCUGAGUUGUAGGACUACAUCUGGCAGAUUAAGAGAUGUUUUUGCACUUCUUCUCUCGGAUGUUCUGAUCUUCCUUCAGGAGAAAGAGCAGAAGUUCAUAUUCGCUGCCUUGGAGCAGAAGCCUGCAGUUGUCCAUCUGCGUGCUUUGAUCUUGAGAGAAAUAGCUAAUCAGGAUCGAGGGCUGUUUGUCAUCAGCAGUGAUGCAACAGAGCCUGAAAUGUAUGAGAUCCACACACACAACCGUGAAGAGAGAGACAAGUGGAUCACACUGCUGCAACACACCACAGACAGUUUGUCUGCUAAUGAACUGAAAAAUAAUGAAGAGAUGAACUACAAAAAUAUAAAAACACUGCAAGAGGCUCUGUGGUCUCUAGAUGUGCAGGUUUAUGCAGUUCUGGAAGAGAAACUCAGGGUGUGUGUUGGGACUGUAACUCACCAGCACCUGCUCAUACAAACACACACACACACACCAUGUGGAACAACACUACUGACUACUGCACAGGCAGAGGUAGUAAAUCUGUUGGUGUGUAUGAUGUCACUGCUGUUUGGUUAUCAUGAGUUUGUUCAGCACGCUAAAGACCUGAGCAAGAAACAUCUAAAACAGAAGGAACCUCUUAUACUAAAGGUGGUGGACCGUGUGCGGAGUUUAACUCAGAUCUUGUACAGCCUACAGGCUGCAGUCAUUUUGCAGGACAGCGCGUAUGAGGUUCAGAAAAUCCUGAUUGUGGAGGAAGAAACUCUGCAGCCUGACAAUGAUGGGAAGGUUGACGAAAGGAGUCUGUGGAAUUGGAAUGUGGAGCAGAGAGACAGUGAUCACUCUGAAGAGAUGAACAGGGUGAAAACAGAGAAGGAGGAACUGGAGGUGGAGCUUCAUCAGUGGGAAGAAAGAUCUCAGGCUCUGAGAGAGGAGGAGGCAGAAGUGGAGCAAGAAAGAAGGCGGAUCCAGCAAGAAGAGAAACGAAUAAGGAAAGAGAGAGAGAGGAUGCAGAGGAAACUCCACCUCUCACAGCUAAACUCAACCAAUUGCCAACACAGCCUGUCCAUCAUCCCACUGGACAAAUAAGUGUGUGUGUGUGUGUGUGUGUGUGUGUGUGUGUGUGUGUGUGUGUGUGUGUGUGUGUGUGUGUGUGUGUGUGUGUGUGUGUGUGUGUGUGUGAGGGUGUGUCUAUAA